AUGUCUAGGAGUCCGGACGUCAUUUGUCUCGUAGGAUCGUCGUGUGAUUGGCUGUUAUUUGCCGGGUGGGGUGUGUUCGGUAUUUGUAGGGUGGAGUCUGUUUCAAGCGUGUUCGCAGCGUUUUGUGAGAUUGUCGAACGUUCUGGUAAACUUCAACGCAACGAGAUGGAAGGAAAUGUCGCUAGAGCUGCGGGGGAGGAAGACUGGAAGAAGGUUCGAGGACUGCAGCUGGUUGAACAAGGAGGGAACGUGAAUGAUGUGAAUGAAGACUUAAGAAGAACAACUCUAAACUUUGCUGCCUUGCCUGGAAAUUCAGAUAUCUUGCUGUCACGAGGCGCGAAUUCGAGCGUCAGUCAGACAGAUGAGGAUGGAGAUACGCCGCUUUAUCUCGCUGCUUAUUGGCAUCAUGUCGAUAUCUGUCAACUGCUAGUUGGACACAAAGCCAAUGUUACUUCUGUCAACAUUACAGGUCGAACUGUUCUUCACAUAGCUCGUGAUAUCUGCAAGUGGCUUGACUCUUCCGCUGUGUAUCGUCCACUGAUAACAAAUAAGAGUGUGAAUGUAGCAGAUCGUCGUAGUAACCGCGUUGUACGCAAAGAAGCUAACAUUCAGACUGUCCAGCUGCAGUUAGCAGAUGUAAAUGCAUUGAAUGAAGACGGACAAACAGUUGAAACACCACUAAAACAUGAAGCCAAGAUUGACGCAGUGGAUAAAGAUGGAAACCAACCACUACACUUGGCAUGUGAACUAAGGCAAGCUGCAACUACAAAUAUAUUGUUGGCUCAUGGGGCUGCAGUAACUGCUUUAGACAAGCAACAAAGAGAACCUACAUAUGUGGCAAAUGAAUCCGUGUUAAAGUCGUGUCAAGAACAGAAUGAACCUCACAAGAGUGAACGGCUCAAAGUAGUGGCCAAGUCACUAACUGGUGAAGCUGUUGAAUUGACAGCAAACUCAUCUGAUACUGUUGCCACCUUGAAGCAGCAAUUACAAACCAAGAAUGGCCCAUCAUCAUGGGAUCAACUGCUUGUGUUUAAUAAGAAGCAACUACACGAUGAGCAAACAUUGGCUGAUGCAGGAGUAACUGGUGGAACAAUACUGAACGUCGUUCUUUGUCCUCGUGGUGUGACAGGCAUGGGAGCUGAUGCGGCUGAGUUAUUUGUUCGAGCUUUAUCACAAGGAAAAGUCGAAGUAAGUCGAGUGAAGAUGGUCAUUGCUGGUAAAGACAGAACGGGCAAGACGUCAUUUAAACGAUCUUUGCUCAAACUGAAGUUUCAGAUAAUUGAACCGAGCACACCUGUGGCAGUGGCAGAGUUGGCAGUGUGUGAAGCAUCGAACUGGAAGCUUGUGAAUGACAAAGACAAAGAAUUUUUAGACAAACAAAUAGCUAGAGCAGCAGUUCAUGCAAAUGUUUCAGAUAGUGAAGAUGACAAUAAAUAUGACAAUGAAAGAACAUAUGUAGAUCAUCAAAGUGAGGUUGAGAUUGACGUGUCAAUCGAUCAAGAAUCUACAUCAACUGAUACAAGACAGAGUGACAUUAACACGGACAAACUUGAUGAAGCAACAGACCAACUUGAUGAAGCAACAGUUCUAACUGAAGAGAUUGCUCGUGCUAUUACAGAUUUCCAAAGUGAUCCUGACCUCUUAAAGCAGGAAGAUUCAAAAGUUCACGUUGCCAUGUGGGAUUUGGGAGGUCAGGAGCCACUUCUUCCUGGUCAAGGAGAAGCCAUCACACCAGGAUGUGUCAUUUGUGUUGUAUUUAAUGCAUCUGAGUUUCUAGGUGACAAGGCCAAGUCUUUCUAUUGUCCUUCUGCUGACUCAAAAUUAAUUCCAAUCAACAAUCACUGGAUAGUGACGAACUAUGAUGCUGUGGCUUUAUGGGCAUCCAUGACUUUUUUGGCAGGAGAUGUCGAAAGUCUAGAAGGCCUUUUGUCUGGUCUUCACAUCGGCAAGUCAAAGGGAUGUGCAUCACCAGUGAUGUUGUUGAUUGGAACACACAUCAAUGAUGCCGAUGAAGAAAUGAUCAAGAAGCAGAAUGAAUUUCUGUCUAAAAUGUUUUGUAAUAAAGCAUUUCAGAAGCACAUCCUUCGACCAUCUAACCAGGCUAAUGAUUGGUUCUUUCGUGUUGAGAAUUCGGUGUCUGAUCCUGACAGUGCAAGUGAGGAUGCAGGCAUAAGUGCAGUGAAGCAAGUCAUUGAAGAGUUGGCACGUGAUGUGUCACCUAAACCUCUGAUACCAGCCACUUGGUCAAUUCUAGAGAAGAUCCUUUAUUCUUUAGAAAUCAAGUUGGGUAGUGCUCUUUCCAGUGUCAAUGUUAUCAUGCGUUUUGCCCAUCGAUUGUGUCGUAUGUCAGAAGAGAAAGAAGUCCGUCUUGCUCUGACAUAUUUAGAUGAAGCCGGAUCAGUAAUUUAUCCUCAGAAAAGUGAGAAGCUGAAGAACAUAGUCGUCACCAAACCAAGCUGGAUUUUCAAGGUUUUCUCAGUUGUGGCAUCUGUCACUACUUGGCCUCCUCCUUUACUGAGUGAAGAUUGGGAUCGAGUUCGGCAAGUAGGAAUUGCUUCUUGGGAACUCAUUCGUCAUCGACUGAAAAAAGCAGGAGUGAAGCCCAAAGAGUAUGAAGAUGUACUCAAUUUGUUGAAUUUCUAUUUUAUUCUUUGCCCCAAACCUUGCCUGGCCCAACCUCUUCCUUUAUCAGUUUCUUAUAAAACAGAAUACUUUGUUCCAUGUUUGCUAGAAGUCGAGUCAAAUGGUCCAUUUGCAGCUGUUCAUUCAGUUCCUCCUCGGCCAAUGUCACUUAUCAUUUUGUCUCACAAAAUUGAGUUUAUUCCUGAGCAGUUGCAUUUUAGGCUGAUGACGUGUUGCAUUGAGAAAUAUCCUGAUGAACCAAAGUUGACGCGUAAUAAGUGUGUAUAUCGAGUUGAGAAAGAUGUCAAGUUGGAAGUGAUUUAUCACUUGAAGAAAUAUAUUAUUGUUACUAUUGACACACAACGGCCACUUCAUGAAAUUGCAUCUCUGUGUACAGACAUCCGUCUGUUCAUCACUAAAAAGCUGCAUGAAGUAAAGACACCAGGGUUGUCUCAUUUUCAGUUUAAUAUUCAACAUCCCGGACCAGCCAUUCCCAUGGUUGUGAACAAGUUGAUAUGUAUAGACAAGUAUAUACCAAGUGAGGACACAAUAUUGAGGACAAACAUAGACAGAGACGAUGUGAAUCUGGAUCACAAUGAGAAAGCUGCAUUAGACUGUUGGUUCUAUGAAAAGAAAGAUGAUGUAUCAGGAAACUCUCAACGACAGUCACUGACAGUACAAGCAAACACCAAAUGUACGGCUAAGGAUUUGGAGAAAGUAGCUGACAAACUCUGUCAUUGUUGGCAAAGGCUUGUGUUGAAUUUGUCAGCCGAGUUUUUCAUAAACAAGACAGAAAGGAUUGAAAGAGAUAUCAGAGACGAUUGCUACAGACAAGCUGUAAAAGCAUUGCAAAUGUGGACUGAUGAAUUUUGUGACGAAGCCAUCCAGGCAGCAUUGAUCAAUGCAAUGUGUAGCAUUGGGUGUAGAUCUCAAGCUGAAGAUGUUUUCAGUCGCAGUUUGGUGUCGCACGUUUGCCCAAUGAAAGGACUGUGUUUGUCUUCACUUGUAGCCAGACUUUACUACAGUAUUUCCCGCCCAAUUAUCCGGUUGGGGCAACCAAUUAUCCGCUUCAGACAACCAAUUAUCCGGUUGGGGCAACCAAUUAUCCGACUCAGCCAAUCAAUUAUCCGAUUAGGGCAACCAAUUAUCCGACUCAUGGUUUUAAUUAUGAGCAGUGUAGAUAUAUAGAAGCGCUGGUUAGAGGAAUAAUAGCGCGUACUGACGGAUGUUGUCGCCGUACUGCGCACCAGUAAACAGGGUAAUUCUUGCUUUCGCUAUUAAUUAAAUCGCGGAGAAAAAACAUUUGUAUAUAAUACAGAUAACACAGAUAACACAUA